AUAUACUUGUACCUUUUGCGUUUAUGUGAAGAGGGAUUCAGAAGACAGAUGAUAUUUGUGCAAAAUUGUAGUUCUCUGCUUGUUUAGACGCGAGUUUUCUGAAAUUAGAAGGUAGAAUUAUUAUAUGUUAGACAAAAAUUCGUAAACGAUUGUUGGGUGAUUUAAUUUAAUUGUUAAUUUGUCGAGCAAAAUGAAUGAUACUAACGAAUUGCCACCAGGAACAGCGUCACUACUUGAAGAACUCGAAAAAAAACUUAUGGUUUUAUUAAGGGAUGGUAGAACAUUAAUUGGCUAUCUUAAAAGUGUCGAUCAAUUUGCUAAUAUAGUACUUCAAAGUACAAUUGAAAGAAUUCAUGUUGGUCAGGAAUAUGGUGACAUUCCAAGAGGUAUUUUCAUAGUGAGAGGCGAGAAUGUUGUACUUUUAGGAGAAAUAGAUAUAGAAAAGGAAAAAGUCCUACCCUUAAAAAAAGUGACAGUGGACGAAAUUUUGGAUGCUCAAAGGCGCGAACAAGAAUCAAAGCAAGAACAGAAAAAACGAAUGAAUAAAGCUUUGAAAGAGCGAGGUUUUUCAUAUGUACCUGACUUAAGUCAUGAUGAUAUGUACUGAUAUACAAGAGUAGCUUUCUUUUUGUAUCAGUUUUAAUUAAUUUACGUGAAUUAAAUGUAACUGCUAUAAGAGAUUUUAAUAUAAUGCAUUACUUUUCUAUCAAAUAUAAUAUUGUAGAUGCAGAAUA